AUGGCACCCAUUGCAAUAUCACCACAGAGCUCACCAACACUGAUACCUGCUGCUCUUCCAAACCUGCUUAAGCAACCACAGUCAGACUGGCAGGCAGAUCUCAAGAGAAACGGGUAUGCGGUCGUCAAAGGAGCUAUCUCACAAGCGCGUGCUGCCGAAUUGAGAGCCGAGGCUCAUGACUGGCUGCAAUCCUUCGGCACAGAUCUCGACUUUGAAAACCCAGAAACAUGGACUUCUCAGAAUCUUCCCGUACAAAGCAAGAUCAACACAUUUCACACCUAUGGCGUUGCCCAUGAACAAUUCAUGUGGGAUGCACGGAUGGAGCCUGGGGUUCUUGGAGCAUUCGAGCGUCUAUGGGGAACGGACGAGUUACUCGCCAGUUUCGACAGCUUAAACAUCACAUUUCCAAAUCGCAAGGACGUACCUAGAAAGCCGGCGUGGGAGCAUAUUGACCAAAGCCCGUUACGGAGAGGACUUCACUGUGUACAAGGGAUAAUAAAUCUGUCCCCAGCAGGCCCCGACGAUGGUGGCCUUGUUGUGUACCCUGGAUCACACGCGCUCAACGACGAGUUCUUCGAUACUCAAACCGAUAAGGCGACUUGGGAUCCGCUGGAUCGAUACAUGUUUAGCGGUGCCCAACUUGACUGGUUCAAGGCUCGCGGCAUCCAGCCGCACAAAGUCUGUGCAGACACUGGAGAUCUCAUCCUCUGGGACAGCCGAACAAUACACUACGGCGCCGAGCCUCUGGAGACGAGCAAUCAGAUCCGAACAGUCAUCUAUACCGCAUACGCGCCUGCUAGACUGGCAAGCGAAGAGCAGCUCAAGAUUAAAGCAGAAGUGUUCAGCAAAUAUGGGGGCACAACACACUGGCCACAUGAGAAUAUCGUGGUCAGAGACACAAGAACGUUCCUUCCAGAUGGCACGCGAGACCCACGGGAUCGAGAGCAGCCACGGAAGCUGCCGAUCAUGAGUGACAAGCUUCUGAAACUUGCCGGCGUGAAGCGAUAUUAG